UACUCUCUCACUAUUUAUAACCAUAUUUUUUCCCUUUCUCCUUUUCUCCCUUUCGCUUCCCCAAAAAACCAGACAAAUAUCGAAGCAAGGGGAACACGCGCAUUCUUCUCUUUCCUUCUUCCACUUCCCAAUUCUCUUGCCCUAGAUUUUUCCCCUUUUCUCUGCAUACCGAUUAUUGCCUCCUCGAUUCCCCUUUCCCUUAGGUUUCCUCGAUGGAGUCGGAGGAUGACAUGCACGACGCCAACGACAUCGAUUCCCUCGACGACGAUUUCUACAGCGGCGAAACCGAGGAUGCGCCCUUGGAUUACUACAGCGAUUACGACGAUGAGGCCGAUGAUUACUUCGAAGACGCUGACAGGAUUGAGUCUCGUCGCCCUGAGCAAAAUUUCACCAUUUUGAAGGAAUCUGACAUCAAACAAAGACAGGAAGAAGAUGUCACUAGAGUAGCAACUGUUCUUUCCAUAUCAAGAAUUUUUGCAAGCAUACUACUUCGUUACUACAAUUGGAGUGUCAGUAGAGUGCAUGAUGCAUGGUUUGCUGAUGAAGAACAAGUCAGAAAAACAGUUGGUUUGUUGGAGAAGCCAAUUGUCCAGCUUGAUAAUAAUACUAAAGAGCUUACUUGCGGUAUCUGUUUUGAAAAUUAUCCUCGGGCUAGAAUUGAAAUGGCUUCCUGUGGUCAUCCCUACUGUAUCUCAUGCUGGGAAGGCUAUAUCAGCACAUCCAUUAGUGAUGGUCCCGGAUGUUUGAUGCUGAGAUGUCCUGAUCCCACUUGUGGUGCUGCUGUUGGUCAAGAUAUGAUUAGUCUUUUAAAAUCUGAUGAAGAUAAGCAGAAAUAUGCACGUUAUCUUCUUAGAUCAUACAUUGAAGACAAUAAGAAGUCCAAGUGGUGUCCUGCUCCAGGUUGUGAAUAUGCUGUCACUUUUGAUGCUGGUAGUGGUGGGAAUUACGAUGUCUCUUGCCUCUGUUCAUAUAGUUUUUGUUGGAAUUGCACUGAGGAGGCUCAUCGUCCGGUAGACUGUGGGACUGUGGCAAAGUGGAUUUUGAAGAACAGUGCAGAGUCUGAAAACAUGAAUUGGAUACUUGCUAAUUCAAAGCCAUGUCCCAAGUGCAAGCGACCAAUUGAGAAAAAUCAAGGGUGCAUGCACAUGACUUGCACACCGCCCUGUAAAUAUGAGUUUUGCUGGCUGUGCCUUGGUGUAUGGUCAGACCACGGUGAAAGAACUGGGGGUUUCUAUGCUUGCAAUCGCUAUGAAACAGCUAAACAAGAAGGAGUGUAUGAUGAUACUGAAAGAAGAAGGGAAAUGGCAAAGAAUUCAUUGGAGAGAUACACACAUUAUUAUGAGCGGUGGGCCAGCAAUCAAUCUUCAAGGCAAAAAGCUCUUGCGGAUCUGCAGCAGAUGCAAACUGUUCAUAUUGAGAAGCUUAGUGACAUACAGUGUCAGCCUGAGUCACAGCUUAAGUUUAUUACUGAGGCCUGGCUACAAAUAAUCGAGUGUAGAAGAGUACUGAAGUGGACAUACGCAUAUGGGUUCUACUUACCCGAGCAUGAGCAUGCGAAAAAACAGUUCUUUGAGUACUUACAAGGUGAAGCAGAAUCUGGGCUGGAGAGACUUCAUCAAUGUGCAGAAAAGGAACUUCAGCCAUUCCUAUGUGCUGAUGAGCCAUCUAGAGAGUUCAAUGACUUUCGUACUAAACUAGCUGGAUUGACUAGUGUAACUAGAAACUACUUUGAGAAUUUAGUAAGGGCGUUAGAGAAUGGUUUAUCUGAUGUGGAUAGUAAUGGAGCUUCCUUCAGCAGAGCAACGAGCUCAAAAAAUGCUGCUGGGAGCAGUAAGAGUAGAUCUGGAAGAGUAAAGGGAACUUUUCGAACCAGCAUGUCCAGCAGAAUGAAUGAUGAUAGUCAUUGGUGUUGCGAGCAUUGUACCUAUGCAAAUGUGAAAUCUGCCACCACAUGCCAGAUGUGCUAUCAACAGCGUCGAUGAAAACUCCGUUCAACAUUUCAAACAUUUGUGUCCUGCCCAAUACCUUUUCACCAGAAGCUUUAAUGGAGUUAUUCCUCAGUUUGUCUUGACAUAUGCAGUCUCCGUUUUAUGAGGCUCUUUAACUAUGUGAACAGGAUGAAAUGAGUAAGGCAGAAGAAAAGUUACCCUCCUAUUCAAUACAGCCCCAAUUUGAUGUAAAUAAUGUUCUAUCUUAUUUACUUAACGAGGUUUUCUACUACAGCCAUUUGUAACUGAACAUCAUAACACAUGCUGGAGAUGAACAACACAAAUAUGCUUGUUUGUGGCCACCCUUUCAGGUCGUCUCUUGGCAGCUUCCAAGAUACCUAGGGUUACUCAUGUGUAAUAAUCUGAGUUUGAUAACAUUCUAAGAAAUGAUCAGGGACUACAAUAAAUGUUAUACAGUAUCACUUUAAAUUUAUGCCACCUUUGCCAACUCUUGUGGCCGUCGUGUUUGAUGUA